AUGGAAACAGAAGAGCCCGAAAAGGCCGCAAGCAGUUCACAAGCAACUGCAGAAACGGAGACGAAGCAUCGCAGACGAAGAAAGAAGAUGGUGGAGCAAACAUUCACGGACGAAAACGGAUACAUCUACACAGAGACAAAGGCUGUCUGGGAAGACGUGCCUUCUGAUGAGGAAGAGCAAUUCCCAGUGCCUUCCAAAAAGAUUGUUCAGGCAAAGGGAAAGAAGCCCAUCAAAAAACCAAGCAAACAAGGGAGUAUCACUAGCUUCUUUGGAAAGCCAAAGAAAAAGUAA